GACUUGGCUAGACCGCAUGCCUCCCCAGACCCCUCCCCUCCCUCCCGGCGCACCUUCUGGCCCAGCUUUCUCGGUUGCACGUGUAGUUGUUUUGGCUCAAUCUCACGUGGCCGCGGAAGUGCCGGCGCUGCAAGUCCGCCCCCAAGAUGGCGGCACCCAAUGAAUGGGGUUGCAAUCCGCUUCUGCUCAGUCUCGAAGUAUAGCCUUUGCGGUGUCUGCGGGGCCAUGGAGCGGCCUGGGUUCAUGGCUUCGCUGGUGGCUGGUGGGGUAGCAGGUGUCUCUGUUGACUUGAUAUUAUACCCUCUGGAUACCAUUAAAACCAGGCUGCAGAGUCCACAAGGAUUUAAUAAGGCUGGUGGUUUUCGUGGAAUAUAUGCUGGCGUUCCCUCUGCUGCUAUUGGAUCUUUUCCUAAUGCUGCUGCUUUUUUUAUCACCUAUGAAUAUGUGAAAUGGUUUUUACAUACUGAUUCGUCUUCAUAUUUGAUGCCCGUGAAGCAUAUGUUGGCUGCCUCUGCUGGAGAAGUGGUUGCCUGUCUGAUUCGUGUUCCUUCGGAAGUGGUUAAGCAGAGGGCACAGGUGUCUUCCUCUUCAAGAACAUUUCAGAUUUUCUCUAACGUCUUAUAUCAAGAGGGCAUCCGAGGAUUGUAUCGAGGCUACACAAGCACAGUUUUAAGAGAGAUUCCUUUCUCAUUGGUCCAGUUUCCCUUGUGGGAGUCCUUAAAAGCCCUCUGGUCCUGGAGGCAGGAUCACGUGGUGGAUUGUUGGCAGUCAGCAGUCUGUGGAGCUUUUGCAGGUGGAUUUGCAGCUGUGGUCACCACGCCUCUGGAUGUGGCAAAAACAAGGAUCAUGUUGGCAAAGGUUGGUUCCAGCACCGCUAGUGGGAAUGUGCUCUCUGCCCUGCACGGGGUCUGGCGGACACAGGGGCUGGCGGGAUUAUUUGCAGGUGUCUUCCCUCGAACGGCAGCCAUCAGUCUGGGAGGCUUCAUCUUUCUUGGUGCUUAUGACCAAACCCGCAGCUUGUUAUUGGAACUUGGCAGAGGGAGCCCCUGAAUCCAGGACGGCCCCACAUGCACUUCUGUCCAGAAAGGGGGCUGCUGUGCGCACGGGCUCCCUUCUGGCGAGCAGCUGCUCGCCCAUCUGAACCGCCCGCACCGCGCCCCUGUGUGUGAGGAUAGGACCUUGAGGAUGUCUUGCCUGCUCCAGGCUGGCUGGAACGUCGACUGCCGCCUGUCUGCCAGAUCGCCAAGAGGACCGUGUCCACAGCGGUACUUGCGACCAUUUUCUCAGAACCCGUUAAUAAAUAAGUUUGGUGAUGCCGA